AUUUAUUUCACGCUCUUGAUUUCCCUGUCUUUACUGCUGAGCAAGUGCCCGUGCGCUUUUACGGCAGAAUGGCGCUGCGGGACUACAGCAUCAUCCCUGCGCUCGUGCUGCUGGUACUGGGUAUAGUCGGGAUUUUGCUGCUGGUCCUUCCUGCCAACGAGAUGGAGAAACCCCCCCAAAACAUGUAUGGAAUUGUUCUGGAUGCGGGCUCGUCCCACACCUCCAUGUACAUCUACAAAUGGCUGGCUGAUAAGCAAAAUGACACCGGUAUAGUUACCCAGCACAGCGAGUGUCAUGUGAAAGGUGGAGGGAUAUCUAGCUAUGCAGGUAUCCGUGGUGGAGCAGCAGAAAGUCUGGAAGACUGUCUGAACCAGGCUGUGAAGGAUGUCCCCAAACCCAGGCACCACCAAACUCCCCUCUAUCUGGGAGCCACUGCCGGCAUGAGACUCUUGAACGAAGUGAAUGCCACAGAGUCCAAACAGGUACUGAAGGAAGUGGAAAAGAAAAUGCGGUCUUACCCUUUCAAAUUCAAAGAGGCAGCCAUCCUGAGUGGACAGGAGGAGGGGGCAUACGGCUGGGUCACAGUCAACUACUUACUGGAAAACUUUGCUAAGUAUGGUUUUGUUGGGCGUUGGCUGAAUCCAGGAAGACAGACGAUUGGAGCUUUGGAUUUAGGCGGAGCUUCCACACAGAUUGCUUUUGAGACCUCUGAAGAGGUGGAGGACAAAGAUAAUGUGAUGGAGCUGAAGCUUUAUGGACAAACCUACAGGCUAUAUACCCAGAGCUUCCUGUGCUAUGGCCAAGACCAGUUCCUGCGCAAACUGCUGGCUCUUCUAAUCAAGACUGAAGGUGUGAAGCCCCAGGUGUCCCAUCCCUGCUACCCACAACAGUUCACCACAUCUGUGAAGCUGGGGCCGGAUGUCUUUGAUUCUCCCUGCACUCAGAGCUACAAACCAGCCAACUUUGACCCCCAGAGGUCGGUAAGAGUAGUGGGGACAGGAGACUACAGGAGCUGCCUGGACAACGUACAAAAGCUGUUCUCCUUCGAGAACUGCUCUUACUCCAAGUGCUCCUUUAAUGGAGUCUUCCAGCCCAACGUGAAAGGAAGCUUUAUGGCAUUCUCUGCCUUCUUCUUCACUCAUAGCUAUAUCAACAGCCUCUCCAACAUCUCCAUCACCUCCCCCAGUCGACUGAAGGAGGCCAUUCAACUGAUCUGCAACAUGACCAUCUCUGAGAUGACAGCAACGUUCAAGCAGAAAGAGAAAUACAUGAAGAAUGUCUGCGCCAUCUCCAAUUUCGUCCAGGUCCUCUUACUGCAGGGCUACGGUUUUGAUAACCACUCCCUUCCGUCCAUCUCUUUUGAGAAAAAGGCAGGGGGAGCCUCAGUAGGCUGGGCUCUGGGGUUCAUGCUGAGUCUGAGCAGUAUAGUCCCAGCAGAGAGACUCGGGCUGAUGAAGGCUCUGCCCCCAGGGCCCUGGGCUGGCAUUCUUUUCCUCUUCAUCACCCUCCUCCUCAUUGCACUGGGAUACCUUCUGAUGAUCUACAGAAGCAGAAAGACUAAAGAAGGGAUGGUGUAAGAGCAUUGGGACACACCUCCCAGUCAAAUUCUUACUCUCUUAGAGUAUAGACAUGUCCGUCCAAAGCUUUCAAUGUCUUGGCAACAAAAAAAUCUUUGUUACACUGUUGUUUUUGUGCAUUAAGGUGAAAUCACUAAACAUUUUGUCUGCACAAUUAUAUUUUCAAAUCUUCUACUUUUCCACUUGCUUGUGGAGAACUGCUUUGGUGUGUGUAAAAUUAAACUACAGAAUAAACCAUGCUUUUCUAUGA